UUUAAAAUUAUUCCUUAUAUCACAAAUUUCCUAGUAAAAGAGUUCCUUAUAAACUGGUUAUACUGUAGGCAUAUAUAUCAACACAGACCCAGCCUUGAAAGGGAAUCAAACUGUAACUGACAGAUGUAACCGCGAUAUUUUCAUUUUAAAUAGGAUAGCAAAAAAUUGAGAGUACUUCCACAGAUAAAACUGUAGUCUUAAUUUUCUGGACACAUUAAGAAAACUCUUAACCUUGAACUACAUGCAUGUAUUUAUCAUUCCUAUCUGAAAGAUAGAAUGUGUCAAUUACAGGUCUCGAUGUUGAAUUGGAGGUUUUAAAUCGGGCGAUCAAAUGCACUUUAUAGUUGGCGUGGUAUUUAAAAAGACCCACUUGGUCUGCUAUUGUUUUAAUUAGGUUAUAGUUAGAGGGUUUUUUCUUUUUUGUUGUUUUUUUUUUAUUUGAGAUAUAUUUUGUACACGAAGGUGGACGUGAUGGAAGUGGACAACAUUGAUGCUUUUUACGACUCCUGUCGGAAGAGGGCGCUGCAGGAGUUUAACAGCGACUUGGAACAAUCUUUAGAACUAUCCAAAGAAGUUCUGGACGCGCUGGUUGAAAACCAGUUAAUUUCUAAUCAUCUCCAGGAUAUUUUAAGCGGGUCUUCUUUGGACAAUGAAGCUAAGGUGCAUGGUGUUCUGUUCAACAUCAAGAUAAACAUGACAGAGGAUAAAUUCAACAGGUUCCUCAACGUCAUAGAGAACAAUGGCUUGCGACACGUUGCUAAGGCGAUAUGGAAAAGUUACUCCAAUAGGGCCAAUAUGUAUGAACCCAAAACGAAACACGUUGGAUGUCAGACUGAGAACAGUGUACCAACCAAACUACCCAUCAAAGAGAGACAAAAGCUAUGUAGAAUGUACGACAAACUAAAGAAUGGAUUAAAAAGUCGACAUGCACGACGUGUUCAAUUCUACGAAUCUAAUUCCUUCCAGCCUGACGAGAGCACGAUACGGCUAGACGACGUCGACAGACAGAUAGACAAAGUGUUGGAGAUGGUCCAUGAACAGGACCACUGUAUUAGGAAGUUUUGUGAUAAGUUGGGACUUGUUGGGCACGAGUUGCCCACAAUAAGUCGGGAAAUUGAAAAGCUGGUGACAAAAUGUAAAACGUUGGAGGCCAAAGUCAACCGCAUGUCCGUAAACGAAUUAUUUAGUCAAUAUUUAAAGGAAGAAACCAGUGCAUCUUCAUUUUCAAGUGCGAUCCAAAGAGGGAGAACUUCAGAAUUUGUAGCAGUUAGAACUAGUUCGCCUAAAACGACAUUAGAUCUUCAAAGAACCUCUUCGAAAACAGUCUAUAGUUCUGAACAAACCGACGGUGAAGCCUUUGUAGGGGAACUUAGUGACUUUAAGAAAGAUAGACAAGACAAUGACUACCUGUCAUCCAUUCAUCCAAACAUCAAACAGACUCCAAGUAAAAACAAAAUCCGCACCGAGUCCACAAGGACGAGUGAUAUAAUACACACUCACUUGACACCAUUCGAACGCGCUCUUCUUGGAUCCGAAAACAAGAAGAGUUUUCAGACCUCUCGUAAUCUAAAUUUUCAGUUUGAAACAGGAUUGAGAUCUCCCGGAAAAGGCAAUCAAAGAACGAAUGUGUGGAGUACAGGUGCUUCUAAACCACACAAGCACUCCAGAAGACCUCAUCGUCCGCCGUUUCCGUCCCAAGGAAUGUCUGUAAUGCGUGAAUGAUUACUUAGUAAUGCGUGAAUGAUGACCUAGUAAUGCGUGAAUGAUGACCUAGUAAUGCGUGAAUGAUGACCUAGUAAUGCGUGAAUGAUUGUCUAGUAAUGCGUGAAUGAUGACCUAGUAAUGCGUGAAUGAUUGUCUAGUGAUGCGUGAAUGAUGACCUAGUAAUGCGUGAAUGAUGACCUAGUAAUGCGUGAAUGAUGACUUAGCAAUGCGUGAAUGAUUACCUAGUAAUGUGUGAAUUAUUGCCUAGUAAUGCGUGAACGAUUACCUAGUAAUGCGUGAAUGAUUACCUAGUAAUGCGUGAAUGAUUGCCUAGUAAUGCGUGAAUGAUUACCUAGUAAUGCGUGAAUGAUUAUCUAGUAAUGCGUGAACGAUUACCUAGUAAUGCGUGAAUGAUGACCUAGUAAUGCGUGAAUGAUUGCCUAGCAGUGUGUGAAAGAAGCGAUAUUCAAAAUAGUAAUUUGUACAUCAAAAUUACUCAAAUUAAGAUGCAUGACCGAUAUGUUGUAUCGACUAAUGAUAGAUGAUGCUGUACAUUGUAAUUAGAAUGCUAUAUAUAGAAGUCAGGCAACAGUGAAUUAUCUUACUUUU